GUGGGCGGAGCGGCACGGUCGGUGAGCCGCCUGGUGGUAGCGUGACUGAUUCUGCUGCCCGUUCACCAUAUAGACAUACAGAGAGCCGCUUCCAGAGCCGGUGCAACGAUGUCCGACGACGAGCAGCAAGAGCAGACCAUCGCCGAGGACUUGGUCGUGACCAAGUACAAGAUGGGCGGUGACAUUGCCAACCAGGCGUUGAGGGCAGUCAUCGAGGCAGCCAAACCAGGAGUAUCAGUUCUCAGCCUCUGCCAGAAAGGAGACGCUUUCAUCAUGGCAGAGACUGGGAAGAUCUUUAAACGGGAGAAGGACAUGAAGAAAGGCAUUGCGUUCCCCACCUGUGUGUCAGUCAAUAACUGUGUCUGCCACUUCUCUCCCCUGAAGAGCGACCCCGACUACACGCUGAAAGAUGGAGAUUUGGUCAAAAUUGAUUUAGGAGUUCAUGUUGAUGGCUUCAUCUCCAAUGUGGCCCAUAGCUUUGUUAUUGGAGCUACUAAGGAAGCCCCUGUGACAGGAAGGAAAGCUGACGUCAUCAAAGCAGCACACCUGUGUGCAGAAGCAGCUCUGCGUCUUGUUAAACCAGGCAACCAGAACACUCAAGUAACCGAGGCCUGGAACAAGAUUGCCCACUCAUUCAAGUGCAAUCCAAUUGAGGGUAUGCUGUCCCACCAACUAAAGCAACAUGUGAUUGAUGGAGAGAAGACCAUUAUCCAGAACCCUACAGAUCAACAAAAGAAGGACCAUGAGAAGGCAGAGUUUGAGGUUCAUGAAGUUUACGCUGUAGAUGUGCUGAUCAGCUCAGGAGAGGGGAAGGCUAGAGAUGGAGGCCAGAGGACAACCAUCUACAAACGAGACCCCAGUAAGCAGUAUGGGCUGAAAAUGAAGACCUCCAGAAUGUUCUUCAGUGAGGUGGAGAGACGCUUCGAUGCCAUGCCCUUCACUCUCAGGGCGUUUGAGGAUGAAGGAAAAGCUCGUCUUGGGGUGGUGGAGUGUGCCAAACACGAGCUCCUGCAGCCUUUCAGUGUGCUCAAUGAGAAAGAAGGUGAAUUUGUGGCUCAGUUUAAGUUUACAGUGCUGCUGAUGGCCAAUGGGCCUUUGAGAAUCACCAGUGGACCACUUGAAGCAGAACUCUACAAGUCUGAACAUGACGUUCAAGAUCCUGAACUGAAGUCUCUGAUCCAGAGUUCUGCAAGUCGUAAAGCACAGAAGAAGAAGAAAAAGAAGGCCUCCAAAACUGCAGAGACUGCAACAGGCCAACCAGCUGAGAAUGAAGUUGCAGCCAAAUAAAGGCAACACAACUCACAAACCCCCCGACAAGCAAAAACUCCAACAUUUCUCCCCGUUUUAUCCUCAUCACUCAUUUGAUCACGAGCCACUCUUAAACCUGUUAAACAUGUCUGCCUCCCUCAUUACGGAGAAACGCCACUCCACUGAAUUUGUAUUUUCAUAAUGAAUCUAUUUGCCCUUUUGAAGCACUCGAUUUGCAUUUCGACUGGAACACAAUGCCUUUUUCAAAAUGUUAUUAAAAAAGCUGCGCAAUUCUUUUGUAGAGUUGCGCUUUUCACAACUGUUGACUGUUUGAAAUGCUUUGUUUGGCCCUAAGGUUAACUUUAAAACCGCAUUACACUAGAUUAGAUUAAGUGGUUGGAGGACGUUAAUUCAAUCUGCAAAAAUUCUAUUUCUCAGGGUUUCAAAGAUGAAACAGUCUACUUAAUCUGAGAAGUAGGAUCGAGAAUGGCUUACAGGGGCAUUAGAAAUCAAAUUGAGUGUGUAGAAUUCCUUACGACUUCAUUUGUACAUCUAAAGACGACUCCUAAAUAUUGGAGAAUCAUUUGUUCAUAUCUUGUUAAUUCCAUGCUUCAUCUUUUAAAGUGUGGAAUAAUUUUGUUGGUGCAGGGCUGUUUUUCCCAAACACAUUUGAGAUGUUAAUUCUACCUAGCAUUAGAAAGUCUGAUUUAUUAUGGGUUUGCUUAAAAGGUCUGAUCCAAAAUACAGCUAAACUCUCUGAAGUAGAGUUAUAACUUCCUCUGGACAAGGACCAACACAUGAUCACUUUACUUUUACAAAGCAAUAGAGUGUUCGCUUGACUGAAUAUUCAGAUCAAAACUAGGCUCGGACUGGAUUGAGAAGCUUUCCAGGCAUUAUUGUACAAUCCAGUCAGUGCAACAAUUCCAGCAAGUGGUUCUGUAAUAUUUCUGGAUCAGUUUGACUUUUUCGCAGGUUUGAUUGAGGCUCGGUAGAUCGUCCGAAAUGUUGGUUGUGACAUUUUGUUCUGCUUACAGACUGUAAAGGUUUGUGUGGGAGAGGAGAGAGCGGAGGUUUGGAAUUGACACGAUCUUGUUUUUGUAGUACAAACCAUCAUAUGGGACUAUUUUACAACUAAUGAAAUAAAACAUAACUUUGAAUAUAA